UGAGAUUUAUAUUGGAGACCGCAGAAUUCAUAAGUAUUUAACUGAAGUAAAUCAGCCCAGCAAACAGAAGAUCUCUCUGGUGAUCCAUGAUAAUCUAAAGAUUUUCAAAUGCAAAAUCCAGCCGAAGAUUCAGUAACUGCAGUCUCUACAAGAAGUGACCCUAAUGUGAGGAACACCUAUACAGAAGGGGAAGUAUCACCUGUGUCUGUAGUUUUUCAUUCACAAAGUGAGGAAUCCCAGUUGAGUGCUGUCAAAUGUCUAGAUAUUGAUUUAUCUCAGAUUUCUCUUACAUUUGCUGUGGUGGAUGAAUCUGGUAUAUAUCAGGGAUUAACUCUUGAGGUUGAUGCAAGCCUUCAACUACUGAAUUUUGGCAUGAAGAUGUUUUUUGAAGUGAAGCAUCUUUCAGUCUCCACUAUUAGUAGUAUGCCCAAGACUACCUGUGAGCAAUAUAGAGAUGUGCCAGCACCCCGUUUUCGGUCCAGCAAGUCUAUUGCUCUUACAUCUCAGUCUGAAAUUCAAGAAUAUCUUCCAUCUAACAGAGUGGAUAAUGCUACCCGUGAUCGUGAUGCUCCUCCAAGUUCAACUUCCUCCGUGGAAGGUUCAACGGGCAACACAUCAAUUGAAUUUUCUUCACAUAAGAGUUUUAUCCUCAGCCAUUUCUCUACUUCUCUUAAGAUCGAGAAGAAAGAAUUGGAUGGAGAUUCUAAUUUGAUGUGUUUAAGUGGUGAUUGGUUUGGAAAGGGUUUUGUUUCUGGUUUGGAGGUGGCAAUCUCAUUAUCAAGCAUUGAGAUGAUCUCUUCAUUACUUGCUCCUUUUCAAGGAAUGCUGAGUUCUACCUCAUCUCAGAAGGAAAUAGAGAUUGGUGACACCGUUCAACAAGAGCAGCUGGAUAAUAUAGAUUAUACUAUACCUGAUGGAGCAAUUGUGGCUAUACGAGAUCUUGAUCAACAGAUGUAUGUAUCAGUCAAAAAAACUGGAAUAGAAUAUGAAGUGGUCGGUGCAUACCAUUAUUCCCUUGCUGGUGAACACGCAUUAUUUAGGGUGAAACACCAUAAGACAUGGAGAUCAGACACACCAUAUAUUUCUCUUUUAUCUUUACAUGCAAAAGUUGAUGAAGGCAAAGAACUGGCCCUUAGUUUCUCUCAAGGAUCAGAUUUGGUUGAAGUUUCUUCAUUUGUUGACAAACCUUGUUCACUGUGGAACACAUCUCCUCUCGGGUUUGAUAGUUUUGAGGAUGACGACGAUGAUGUCAAAUCUUGCAAGGUUAUCUCAAGUAGUUGUUACCACCUUGUGAACAAGAAAAACAACUAUGGCAUUGCAUUUGUGGAUGGGCUACUGGAAUUUGUUAAAAAGCCAGGAAAUCCAUUUAAGGUGAAGGUUUUAGAUGAAUCCCUAUUCUCGGAUGUUGCCAGGCUCAUUGUUCCCAAUACGAACUUGGAUGGUAACUCUUAUCUAGAUCUGGAAGAUGAGUUGCCUUCUGCUCUAAUGGAUAGGUUGGAAGCUGGUGCAAGUUCACAGCAUAUAACCAUGAGUAUUGAUAAGAUAAGUUUUACCAUUACCCAUGAAGUGUUUGAUACUGGUGAUGUUUUUCCACUUGUCCAAAACUGCAUAAGUGAUAUCCGUGUUGUUACACAAAUAUACCCAUCCAAGACCAGGAUUCUAAGUUCAUUCAAAGUUUCAGGGCAGUACUAUGAUGCACGCAAAGAUAUGUGGGAGAACCUUAUCUCACCUAUCACCUCCUAUGUGUUCUUCCGAUUUAGAUUUUCCAACGAAGAUCCAGUUACUGGACGUAGCAGGACACCACUCCGUUUUUACUUUCAUUUAAAACAGGUGGAUAUUUUUAUAAAUGAGCUUUCAAUUGACGUGCUGCUUUAUUUGGUUGGGAAGUUAGACUUGAUGGGUCCAUAUGCUGUGAGAAACUCAGCUAUUUUUCCUAACUGCUGCAAGAUAGAGAACAACUCAAGGCUGGCACUUGUAUGUCAUUUUCAAAAUAAUGGGGAUGCAAUAGUUCCUGGGCAACAGUCAACUUCAGUUUUCUUGAGACACUUAAUAGUUGAUGAUAAUCGCCCACAUGAUCGGAGCGCGGUUUCUUUUUCUUUAUUCAAGGAAGGGGCAUUUUCAACUGCUCCAAUCAAUAUUUCUCUGCAUGAGCCUGGCAUCUUCGCAUGGAGAACCCUAGUAUCAUCUCUCAAAGAUUCAAGGCGCUUCUCUGGACCAUUUGUUGUGGUCAAGGUGUCCCAGAAUUCUGUGGAAGGUUUAUCCCUUUCAGUCGAACCUUUGUUGAGGAUAUAUAAUAAGAGUGACUUUCCUCUUGAACUUCGGUUUCAGAGGCCACAAAAAACUAAUGAAGAAGCAGCGUUUGUCACAGUUAGAUGUGGUGACAUGGUUGAUGAAUCUACUGGAGUAUUUGACGCGAUGGAUCUAUCUGGAGGACCCAAAAAAGCGUUGAUGGCUCUAGCUCUCGGAAAUUUUAUGCUGUCAAUUAGACCUGAGAUUUCCGAGCACUCUGAUCUUAGCCGUGAAACUAUAGUGCAGUGGUCCGAAGACAUAACCGGCGAAAAAGCAAUCCGCAUAUCUGGUGUCAUAGAUAAACUUAAUUAUAACCUAAGGAAAGCCUUCAGUAUUGAUUCCAUGAAGUCUUCUUUCAGCUCUUUGAGUUGCCCUGUUUCUAUUGAUGGUCAACACGUAACGGAUCUUCAUUUCUUAAUCCAUACUCUGGGUAGAGAUGUGCCUUUGCAGCCUACAAAUGGUACACGUGUAUCUGGCAGAAGCGCAUCGGUGGCAUUACAGUUGCAGAGAGAAAUUUUUAUAUACCCGACUGUCCAAGUGUACAAUUUCUUGCAGACAGACAUACAUGUGCUUCUGACUGACUCCCAACCAGAGAAUAUCAGAGAAGAUAAUUAUGGUCUCGUUGGAAAGCAGGCAACGAUUACAAGUGGUUCAAGUGCUUACUUCUAUGUGAAUCCUGCCAUGUUCAAUUUUUCAGUCACACUAAUUUCAUAUGGUUCAAAGUCCAAGGUAGCUAAUAGUGGUGAUUGGGUGAAGAGAAUGCAAAAGCAGACAGCUCAGGCUCAAUUCCUUGAUCUGGAGUUAGAAUUUGGUCCUGGGAAGUUUCAUUCUUCUUUAAGAUUAUUGCGUCAAGAGAAAGGCUUGCUUGAGGUUGCUCUUUUCACAAGAUAUACAUUACAAAAUGCCAGUGACUACUCCUUGCUGUGCACAGCUUCCGAUCAAAAAUCACUACCUGCGUCUGUAACUGGAAAAGACAAUAUUAAUCUUCCUCCACAGAAUGGUUGCAUUUUGUCCUCGAUGUCAAUGAGCUCCUGGUUUACAAAGUCAAACAAACUGCGAAUAAGCCUGCAUGAAGAGAAAGGGUCAGAAGCUUUUAUUGAUUUAGAAGCAUUAUCUGGCUUCACUGAAUUUUUUCUGGAGAUCCAUGAUAGUGUAUUGCCCCAUCGUAUGGCAGCUUUUGGCAUGUCUUUACAACCUGUUAUUUAUGGCUUGCCUGUGUCAUCACAAGUUGUAUUAAUCGUGCCAAGAUAUGUUAUCUCAAAUGAGUCCGCUACUGCAGUUGCUGUUCGCCAAUGUCUUGUUCAGGAUGACAUGGAUGGAUUGACAAUUGAAGCUAAACAGAGGGCUACCUUACAGACAUGGAAACCUGGAAAAAAGCGAGAAGGAAACUACUUCGAUUUGUUUCUAAAGAAGCACAAAAAUAUAUCCGAGGAUUCACACAUAUUUAUCCAGUUUUCUCCAAAAGAAACAGGAUAUAGUUGGUCCGGACCAAUUUGUGUUUCAUCAAUUGGCCGUUUUUUCAUGAAAUUUAGAAGAUCAGAAGGCAUGGAAACAGAUGUUAUUAAAGGAGACACUUUACAAGAUGGGAAGCUGAAAAAGUUUGCUUCUGUUGAUAUUGUUCAAGAGAAUACGUCUUUUGUUCUACACUUCACUAAGCCACCAAAGGUUGCACUACCAUAUCGGGUAGAGAAUUGCUUGAAUGAAGCAUCUAUCAUGUAUUUCCAGAAGGAUUCAGAUGAAUCGGAUAUGUUACACCCUCAAGACUCGGAACAGUAUGCAUGGGAUGACUUGAGUUUACCCCGCAAGUUGGUUGUGCGCAUUGUUGAUACACCGGCACUGCGUGAAAUUAAAAUUGACAAAAUCAGUCCAUGGAAGCCAUUCCUGAAGAUGCGUCAAACUAGCAGGCUCAAUCUGGAUUUCUCGUUCAGUAAUGGACUCAGUUCAGGAAAACAAGGAUAUGAUGAUUCAUUUGGACUGAGGGUGUUUAAGAUAGGAUAUGAAGUGUAUGCCGAUGGUUUAACAAGAGUUCUACGGAUAUGUGAACAUGUAGAGAAUCCCAAAGCUGAGAAAGUCCAACGGCCUAUAGCACGUGCACAGUUCAGAAUUUCUUAUAUGUGUAUUCAUCUUCUUGAUAAGAGCCAGAGCGACGAAAGGCUCCAAUCACCUUCUACAAUAUUAAUGGCAAGACUUCAGCAUUUAUCUGCUGAUUCAGUUAUCACAGAUAGAUACAAGCAUAUCUCUGUUGCAAUUUAUUCAUUAAAUGUGGAUGAAAAGUGGGAUGGAGCUUCCUUUGGGUCAGUUCUCAGGAUGAACAAACUUCAGGGUGAUGCUCUCAGUGAAAGUAUUCUUCGUAUAGUUUUUGUACUCAAUUCAACCAAUUCUAGUGUCAAACAAGUCCACUACUGUGCCAUAAUUCUACAGCCUAUUGAUUUGAAAGUUGAUGAGAGAACAUUAAUGAAGCUUGUACCAUUCUGGAGAACAUCCCUUGCUCCUACUGGUACACCGAGCACACAAUUUUAUUUUAGAAAAUUCGAAGUACAUCCAAUUAAGAUCAUUGCAAGCUUUCGUCCUGGAAGUCCACACACAUCUUACAGCUCUGCUCAAGAGGCUCUGAGUGCAUUGUUGCACAGCGUUAUAAAGGUGCCUGAGAUAAGUAAUUCAUCAGUGGAGCUCAAUGGUGUUCUCCUAAAUCAUGCUUUGGUUACAUUCCGUGAGCUAUUUCUAAAAUGUGCCCAGCACUAUUCAUGGUAUGCCCUGAGGGCAAUCUAUGUAACAAAGGGAAGCUUGCUGCUUCCUCCAUCUUUCGCCUCGAUCUUUGAUGACUCUGCUUCAUCUGUUCUUGAUGUUUUCUUUGACCCUUCUGAUGGUUCACUCAACCUUCCUGGUCUUACUAUAGGCAUGUUUAAGUUUAUAAGCAAAAAUAUGAAAUCAGGUGGAACAAAGCGGUACCUUGGUGAUCUUGGGAAAACUGUCAAAACUGCAAGUUCAAAUGCUCUCUUUGCUGCUAUCACGGAAGUUUCAGAUAACGUUGUGAAAGGAGCAGAAACAAAUGGUUUAAAUGGCAUGGUUACUGGCUUCCACAGAGGUAUCUUGAGGUUAGCAAUGGAGCCAUCUGUGUUAGGGCAGGCUAUAAUGGAGGGUGGUCCAGACAGAAAGAUCAAACUUGAUCGCAGCGCUGGACUUGAUGAGCUAUACAUCGAAGGGUACCUACAAGCUAUGCUGGAAGUCAUGUAUAAACAAGAAUACCUUCGUGUCAGGGUGGUUGAUGACCAGGUUUUCCUGAAAAAUCUACCACCAAAUAGUGCUCUCAUAAAUGAGAUUGUGGAAAAUGUGAAGAGCUUUCUUGUGAGCAAGGGAUUGUUGAAAGGAGAUGCUUCUACAGUUCGCUCUUGGCGCCGUUUGCGAAAUGAGCCUGAAUGGAAGAUUGCCCCGACGGUGAUCACCCUGUGCGAGCACCUGUUUGUGGGCUUCGCCGUGCGCGUGCUGCACCGGGAAGCCACCAAGGCCAUCGCCGAGAUCACGUCCAAAGUAAAGCAGUCAUCCACAGGUAGCGAAGGCGGAGCUGAAUCCUCGUCCAGCGAAGGAGCCCUGGUGAAGCGGGGCAGGCUGUGGACCGUGGGAAGGUUCGCGGCUUCAGGUGUGGUCGCCUAUGUCGACGGCCGGCUGUGCCGCCACAUACCCAACCCCAUUGCCAGGAGGAUCGUGAGCGGGUUCCUCUUGAGCUUCAUCGAGAGGAGAGACGACGAGUAGGCAGGCAGGCUGGUGAUCAUCACCUUGUGCAGAUAGAUGAUACGUGGCCGCCAUGCGAGCCAGCUCUGUACAGCAAUUUUCCUGACAAUGAGAAAGCUUUGUACAGCAAUUUUCGCCCCGGCGUGUCA